AUGCCUCUGGACUUUAGCAAGCCGUUGUCAAAAAUCGAAUUAGGAACGUUUGUAUUAGCUGGAGCGUCAUUAUUUUUUAAUUUUAUUGCUUUAAUCACACCCAAUUGGCAUGUAAGUUGAUGUUUUUUGAAAAUUUGAUCAAAACAUUGAUUUUGUAAAAUACGGAUCUUUGUUUACUGUUAGAAGAAGGGUUACAAAUGAUAAAAUAAUCUUGUUAUUAUACAGGUUGUAAUGACAAAAUAACUGUGUUUUUAGGUUGUUCAAAUAAUUCCGUGCUUCCCGGCAAAACAAAUUUUUGGGUAUAGGGGGCUCAGAAUUAUUUGAACAAUCUAAUAAAAAGACUGUUUAUCAAGAAUUUGGUGUGUAGGCUUAUAUGUUGAUCAUAGAUUGAAGCAAAAGUAGCUGGACACUUUUUAAUUUUAAAAUAUAUGGAACGUGUCCCGCUACUUUUGGUUCAACCUAAUAACAUCAGGUACUUUUUUAUUUUCUUUUUAUGUAAUUCAAGCUAAAAUAAGUUGUUGUAGGUAUAAUUUAAUUUAAACUUUUUUGAAAAACUUUGUCUAAUUUGACUUUUGAAGUAAGAGUCAACAUCAUGUGACUCAAAAUAAACAUGUUGUUUUUUACUGUGUUUGUUAGAGUAGAAAAAACACAAACAUACAAUUAGUAAUUUUAUGGUUAUUUUAUUGUACGAACAUUAUAACACACAGCGUUUUACCAAAUGUAAACAGUGAUUUUCCUCAGUAAAGUAGUGUCAUAGCCAACUUCGAAAAAAAAAUUUUCUUUUUUGUCUUCUUCUUCUAUGAAAUUUAAAUAUCAACAUUGAUUUUAGGUAGCAGAAGACCUAGACGCCCACCGUGAUGUCCAAUCCGGCCUGUGGCAGUAUUGUCAAGGUGGUCAAGCAUGUUGGUAUAUCUUCUCAGACGAUCUGAUCAACUACUACGAACGUGCUGAUAUUUGUCGCUUUUUCUUGAUUGGCGACUGUCGCAAAAAAUUGCUGAGAACACCCUACUUUUUCGGGUGGCAUUAUGCUGUUCUGAUCCUUAUGGUAAUUACCGUAGUUGCUACGUUUUUGGCAUUAUGUGUUGGGGCUUAUGCUCAUUUUAAACGAAGCUGGAGCAAAACCUUCAACAUUGUUGUUGUUAGCUUGUUGGCGUUGGCUGGUAGGUUUUAUUGAUAUCGGCUAUAAAACAAGAUUCUGAAAUUAGAGGGUGUUGGUAGGCUAAAAGGGAGCAAGGUAUGGAACGAUAAGGUAAUGGAGAUUAGGCAGAAUACGGAAGGGGAGGGAGAGUUUAGUAAAAUGAAGCAGGGUAGGGCAAAACAAGGUAGGGCAGGAUAAACGUAUUGGGUUAGGGUUGGAUAGAUUAUAGUGGAGUGGGGCACAGUAGUAUAGAAUAAGGUAGUAGAGUAGAGUAGAGCUGAGUUAGGGUAGGGUAGGUAAAUGCAUGAUAUUAUAAAGUACGGUUCAGUAAGGCUAUGAUAGAACAAUAAUAUACUGAAUUCACUUUCAAAUUUUAAAUUUUAGUACUGAUCGAAGGAAUUGGCUUGGCCGUCUUCAUGAUAAACGGUGAAAUGCUGGAAUCUCGUUACCUAAUCGGCAUCAAAAACACUUUCGAAAAACACUUUGGCUAUUCUUUCUACCUAGCCUUUCUAGGUGGUACGAUACUCUUAUUUGCCAUGUUUUCGGCUCUAUUCGCCGCAUCGUAUCCCUUAUUCUUCACCGAUUCCAACAACAAUAACAACUCAUCAUCGAUAGAUCAAGCCAAGUAUGUGUUGGGUUCAGAUGGAAGGUUAAUGUCACCAGCUGAAUAUAAUUAUCAUAUGGCUAGGAAUGCAGCGAUGAGUACGACUAUUCCAGCACAAAGACCGUCGCCACAGCAAUAUUCUCCUGGAUAUCAGCCUAGCUUGGUUUCUGGGCAGACUAGAACGUUUUUGAGUUAUUGA